UUUAUUCCAACCAAAAGGAUGAAGGCACUGCAAUUCAUCUGCAUACUCUUCUGUUUCCAACAUUUAGCCUUCUUCCCCAUAGCUAGCACUGCAAACCAGAUUGAUAACCUUAACAAGUUGAUCACCGAAUCCAGGACAUCCGAAAAUCCCCCGAAUGCAGAGCCAUGGGCUAAAUCAGGAUGGGCAAAAGUUUAUUCUCCGGUGAAUGUCGGGAAUCAAUUAGGGACGAUGGAAGGUGACAAGAUCGAUUUUUUACCGGGACAACCUGAGGGAGUGGACUUCGAUCAGUAUGCAGGUUAUGUGACGGUCAAUCAAACGGCUGGAAGAGCACUUUUCUAUUACUUUGUCGAGUCACCAAAUAACUCCAGUACUAAUCCACUUGUUCUGUGGCUCAAUGGAGGCCCGGGUUGCUCAUCCUUGGGAUAUGGAGCCAUGGAGGAAUUGGGACCCUUCAGAGUCAACAGCGACGGAAAAACACUCUACCGAAAUGAGUACUCUUGGAACAAUGUGGCAAACGUGAUUUUCCUAGAAUCCCCUGCUGGAGUGGGAUUUUCAUACUCAAACACAUCCUCCGACUACAGUACCGUCGGCGACAAGAGGACGGCGGAAGACUCGUAUGUCUUUCUUGUAAAUUGGUUAGAGAGGUUUCCUCAAUACAAGAAUCGGGAUUUUUAUAUUGCUGGAGAGAGCUACGGUGGACAUUAUGUGCCUCAACUUGCUUGCACCAUCCUCUCAAAUAACAAGAUCACAAAUCAAACAGUCAUUAACCUCAAAGGCAUUGCUAUUGGGAAUGCUUAUGUAGAUGAUAGUACAACUCUCCAGGGGGUUUAUGACUAUUACUGGACACAUGCCUUGAACUCUGAUGAAACCCAUGCUGGUAUAACCCAGAAUUGUGACUUUGUUAAUGGUAAUCUUACAAGCCUGUGCAUUCAAUAUCUACACCAAGGAGGUGAAGAGCUUGGAGGUAUUGAUCAUUAUGACAUUUAUGCCCCACUUUGCAAUUCUUCAGCUCCAAAAACUCCUUCCCCUGGCUCUGUCAACAACUUCGAUCCGUGCACCGAUAAUUAUGUUAUAUCCUACUUGAAUUUACCAGAAGUGCAAAAAGCUCUUCACGCCAAAAAUACAUCUUGGUCACCUUGCAGUAAUGUAAUAAAUCAGAAUUGGGCAGAUAGCCCAUCAACCGUUCUACCGACAAUCAAGCAGCUCAUAGCUAGUGGCAUUAGAUUAUGGGUAUACAGCGGCGACGUGGACGGAGUGAUCCCAGUAACAUCCUCCCGGUACGCGAUCAACACCUUUAAACUUCCAGUGACGAAUGCGUGGCGAGCAUGGUACUCUAGUAGGGAUGAGGUUGGAGGAUAUGUGGUUGAGUACGAAGGGCUAGUACUAACUACAGUGAGGGGAGCUGGGCAUGAAGUUCCAAGCUACCAACCAGAGAGAGCUCUAGCCAUGAUAUCAUCUUACCUUCGAGGCACACUUCCUCCUUCCUCUUAAAACCAACAAUAUUAAUUCCAGUACUGGUGCAAUCAAAAUGAUCAG